CCUGCUAUUUCACACCUCUCUCAGCUUCUCCGUACCAACCUACCAUUCUGAUCAGCCGCACUGCUUUUUCUAAGCAGAAUGCUCUUACUUAUUUCAGUGCUCUUUAGCACGCAGGCACUUUGCUCCUGGGCUGCCUCUGCUCCUGCCAGAGAGCUGCCAGGCACGCUGCUCUCCCCAGCCUGCAAUGAGGCUGCAGUGGAGGAGGCUGCAGACCUGGCUCUCCGCCAGAUCAAUGCUGACCGAGCAGAGGGCUACGUCCUCAGUCUCUAUCGCAUUGCCAGUGUCCGAGAACAUCCUCAGGAGAUCACUGGUUCUGUCUUCUAUCUCUUCUUGGACGUAGUGGAUACCGAAUGCCACGUGCUCAGCAAAAAGUUGUGGAAGAACUGCAGGGUCAGACCAGCUCAUGCAACUGUUUAUGGUCAAUGCAAAGCAAUUAUCUACAUUAAUCAGUCAAGAAAAAUUGCUCAUCUGAAUACUUAUGAGUGCGUUUUGCAGCCAGUUCCACCCAGAUAUAUUUGGGGAGUAUGUCCUGACUGCCCAGUUGAUGACUGUCCAACUGAGCCCAGAUAUCUGGAGACUGCCGUUAAAAGCCUUGCCAAGUUCAAUGAAGAGAGUGAACAAACUCAUUAUUUUUCUGUCCUCAAUGUCACAAGAGCUUCAAUGCAGUGGGUCAUUGGUCCGGCACAUUUUGUAGAGUUUGUAAUUCAGGAGACAUCCUGCUCCAAAAGGAACCCAAUGGCUGACAUCUCCAAGUGCAAGCCUCUUUCACCUGAAUUAGCUAAAAUGGGUUUCUGCAAAGGCUCUGUAAUAAACAGUGACAUGGAACACAAGGAGAGCGUCACAAUAUCCUGUGAAAUCUACAGCCCACAGGAUCCUGUCAAUGAAGAAGGAAAACUACAAACUGACCAGAGAUCUGAAGAAUCCAGCCAGAAUCAUCAACAAGCUUCCCCUUCAGAAACCAAUCCUUUCUCCCUACAUCUAGGAAAAACAAUGGGCUGUGUCAAAAUUCUCCCUCCUUCAACCGAGGACAUCUCAUUUCAUAAACUAAGAGAUAGCCAAAAUGAGCGUGAAGAUAGAAAGCCAAUUCCACCUAAGGCUAUAGAAUGUAUGCCUAGUCCACCAGCCCCUGAUGGAGAAAAGACUCAUGUAGACAAACCAGGCUUGACCAAACCAGUCACUGGACCAGUUAUUCUCCCUUUCCCUGAAGAACUUUCUCUAUCAGACUCAUGCCCAGGAGAAGCAAAGCAGACAGAUUCCAUCCUACAUCCUUUGCUUACUAGAAAGCCUGCCCAAGUCUAGUUGGCAUCCAGUCAUCUCAACUACCUGCAACAAAAUAACAGCCACAGUGACAAGGCGGUCCUCCCAUCUGUGCAACAUCUUUAAACAAAUAAAUUGCUUAUUAAAGUA